AUGGUUACCUUCAGCAUCAUUGCCACUUCUCUUGUCUCCUUCAUCCCUUCGCUACUGCCAGUCCGACAGCGCGUCAGCAACCUGCCUACCUCGACUGGAAAACGCUCAAAGCCAAUGUUGUCAAUCUUGGAGGAUGGCUCGCCCAAGAAGCUGUCAUUGACCCAAAUUGGAUCGAAAUGCGGUCCUGUUCUCGAGCGACACUAUGCUCCGUUCAUCACGCCGACCGAUAUCGACAAGUUAGCUACUGCUGGUGUGAACAUCUUGAGGAUUCCAACAACGUAUGCCGCUUGGAUCAAAGUCCCUGGGAGUAACUUUUAUAGUGGCAACCAAGCUCAGUUCUUCAAGAACAUUGCCUCCUAUGCGAUCGCAAAGCACGGUAUACAUAUUAUCCUUGACAUUCACUCCCUUCCCGGAGGCGUAAACGGCAUGGGCUUCGGCGAAGGCGAAGGCCGCUUUGGAUGGUUCAACAAUGUAACGAACCUCGACUACUCUCUACGCGCUGUCGAUGCUGCAUUGGCUUUCAUUCAAUCCUCCGGUACUCCACAGUCGUACACUCUUGAGCCAAUCAAUGAAUUAGUGGACAACCGCGACUUCACAACAUUUGGAACACCAGCCGCUUUGACGGAAAACGGCGUUGCGUGA